AUGGAUAUUAUCGCUGUUAAACAAAUUGAUCCACUAAUAAUUAGUGACUAUGAUGUGAAAAAUGAGCUGCUGGCUCUAGAUGUCUCAAAGUGUGCUGGGCCAGAUGGAGUUCAUCCAAAAAUUGUUAGAAUUUUAGCGGGAAAUGAUAAUUUUGUGAGUGCCGUAACAGCUUUAUAUAGAUCUAUUUCAGACGUCAGACAAUUCCCAGAAACUUGGAAGAGAGCAAUUAUAAUUGCAUUACAUAAAAUGGGGGCAUUUAGUGAUGCUGGAAAUUAUUGA